AUGCCUGGAUCCGAACCACGUACGCGACUGAAUGUCACAACAUUCAGACAUUCGCCUCUUAGUGACUUUUUGGUGCCCUUCAGAAAGGCCCAAAGCCAAUGGGUGGCUCGCUACAUCAUUGUGUUGUUCGCUGUUAUCAUUCGGUGUGCCGUUGGCCUCGGACCUUACUCUGGGAAGGGAACCCCGCCCAUGUUCGGUGAUUUCGAAGCUCAACGCCAUUGGCUGGAAAUUACUACGCAUUUGCCCAUCAAGAAGUGGUAUCGCUAUGAUCUUGGAUACUGGGGUCUAGAUUACCCUCCACUCACAGCCUUUCAUUCGUGGUUUUUGGGUAAGGUAGGCGGUUUGAUAGACGCGUCGUGGUUUGAGCUUGACGCGUCGCGGGGAAUUGAGGCUGAGGGACUAAAAUCAUUUAUGAGAAUUACUGUUAUUCUCAGCGAAUUGGUGUGCUAUGUUCCGGGGGUGUUAUGGUAUAGUCGCUGGAUGGGUCGCUUCUAUACGCAUAUUUCACCCAUAGACCAGACAGUGGUGGCUGCAGCAAUUUUAUUUCAGCCAUGUCUGAUUAUAAUUGAUCAUGGACAUUUUCAGUACAAUUGUGUGAUGUUGGGGCUGGCUUUGCUGUCUUGGGUGAGUCUUUUGUAUGACGAUUAUGCCAUUGGGGCCAUUUUCUUUGUUCUUUCCCUUGGAUUCAAACAGAUGGCUCUUUACUAUGCCCCUGUGGUUUUUGCAUACCUCUUAAGUGUAUGCUGUUGGCCUUUACCAAAUGGUUUCAAUAUCUUGAGAUUGUGUGCGGUGGGUACUGCUACUCUUUCAACCUUUGCGGUUCUGCUUGCUCCGUUUGUGCUUACUGGAGGCUUUUCUGAGAUUGGCCAGAUUCUACACAGAGUUUUUCCUUUUGCCCGGGGAAUUUUUGAGGAUAAAGUUGCCAGUUUCUGGUGUGCAACCAAUACCUUUGUGAAGUAUCGUUCUGUGUUUUCGCUUGCGCAAUUACAGCUUUUGUCUCUAGUAUUCACGUUGAUUGGUUUGCUUCCUGCGGUAGUGAUCAUUUUUUUGCAUCCCAGAAAACAUCUGCUUACUUGGGCAUUGGCCGGAUGUUCAUGGUCUUUCUAUCUCUUCUCUUUCCAGGUCCACGAGAAAUCGGUUUUGCUGCCUCUACUCCCAACCACUCUGCUGUUAGCUGAGGCAGAUCACAAUACAGUGUCCAUGGUUUCUUGGAUUAACAAUAUUGGGUUGUUUUCGCUGUGGCCAUUACUCCAGAAAGACGGACUUGCUCUUCAGUACUUUGUUCUUGGAGUUCUCAGUAAUUGGCUACUUGGAAAUCUCAACUGGAUCAGCAAAUGGCUGUUACCGGGAUUUUUGAUACCAGGGCCAGUCCUGGGUGAAAAAGUUUCCCGUCAGGAUACCCAGACAGUGAUUCACACGCAUUGGUCGUGGAGUGUUAUUGUCGUUACGUCUUAUAUUGGUAUUGCAGCUCUUCACGCAAUUGAGUUCUACCUUGAUCCUCCUCGAAAUUACCCGGAUCUCUGGGUCAUUGGGAAUGUAACGCUUUCGUUUGGGUGCUUUACGUUGUUCUGGUUGUGGGUUAAUUACAGGUUGUUCAUGAUGCGGAACAAAAAGCUGAAGACUCAAUGA